AACAAGCUGGCGAUCUUGGCGGCCGUGGCGCUGCUGCAGCUGACAGGAACCAGCGCGCGAAUCAAUUCCACUACGGUCGAUCCCGAAGACAGGUGCCCGACGCUCUGCGAACGCGACUUUAUGCCUCAAUGCGGGUCGGACAGCGUCACGUACGCGAACAUUUGUCUGCUGAAGGUGGCGCACUGCCUGGACCCGGAGGUCAAGAGGAAGCACAAGGGACGAUGCAAGAAA